AUGCCCGCUAGAGGCCGCUCUAUCCCCAUGAAUCUCAAUCCUUCCAUUAAAGCUCAGACCUUCAGGAAUCCCAACUGGUUAGGGAUCCACCUGUACGAAUCUCAUCUGAGGAUGCUGGGUGAUCUUCCAAAGGCUCUAAACUGUUGUCCUCCAGCUGAAAAUGAAUUAUGCGAUGCCCAACAGAUCUUCUUCAUGUCAAAGGGCUCAACAUGGGCAUAA